UGCCUGCCACAUCUUUUCCUUGCCCUCGUCGAUCGCGCCUCGUUUAUUCUUUCUACAUUUGAUUCAGGAAAGAAGUGCGAACGUGUGUUCUUUUGGAGUUCUCGGUGUUUAUGUGCUUUGGAGAAUAGUGAGCCAAGAAUUUAUUUCAGGUGUCUAAGUGGUGUGGAAUUCAGGAAAUUUCAUUCAUCGUCUUCUUCGCAUCUUCACAUCCAAGUUUCCUAUCAUGGCUUCAUCCCAGAUGGCCUCAGCCACAUCUUUUAAAAACCCAAAGUUAAUUUCCAUACCCGAUGUAGAGAUUGACAAACACGGCAAGUUCAAAUAUGUUCUGGUCAAAGUUCACGAUCCAGACAUGGACCGGGAGUUUAAACACAUUGUGCGAGGGACAGCCAAGGCAGCUUUUCAUGCUGACAUCUAUGACCAAGUGGUGGCCAUGAUUGAGGACAAAGGUUUGGACUGUGAGAUUUUAGGAGGUGGCCGGAUAGAGCACGAACCUGCCAAAAAAUCCAUCAAGAUCUACGGCUAUUCACAGCAAUUUGGUCAAGCUGACCAUUCCAUCACACACUCCCUGCUACUGAGGAAGUUCAAAGACUACGACCAAAUCACCUGGAGCAAUGAAGGCUACUAAACCCCACAUUGUCUGGUCAGAUCUGGGCGCUACUGGUCAGCAGCUGGUUCUGUGAUUGACCAGUGUCCCCACAUGAUGUUAUGAAGACGGCAAGAAAGAAUCUGAGUACUCAAGGGGUGCAACUCACUCUUGGUUGGACUGUGUCUUUUUUUUACAAGAUUUUUGUCUUCCUGUAUGUACGAGUACCAGCACACUGCAGUAUGUUGUAUGUAGUUGGUGGAGCUGUAGCUGAUCAAUGUUGUCAUGGUAACAUUCUUAGACAUAAUACAGUAACCAAAUAGAUUUAGAUUCUUCAUGUCGAUUAUUUUGUUAAGAUGAUGACCAUUUUCUUCAUUUUUACUGGCUAGACAGUUCUUCCUAUUGUCAUUUUGAAAACCACAGAAAUCACUUUAUUUUUGUUAGAUAUAUAAUAUGUAUAUUUAUAAAAUUUUAAAUGUUCCAUUAUUUUUUUAAUGUCCUGUUUUAUUUCAUUUUUUUUUAGAAGGGUGAUGGAUUUUUAAAAUACCAAAAAACUUUUAAACCUUUAUCACCUCUUUAUUUAGAUCUAAAUAUAAUCAAAUACAAUACAAACUGAUGUUACCUAGGUUACUGUAAGUAGUUUAAACCUCAGUCAAGUACAGGAACUCUCUUUUUUAUAAGUUAGAAAUUUUCUGUUUGUUGGAUUUUUUUAAUGUACAGAUUAGGUACAGUUUUGCCUAGCUGUUGUAAAAAAAAAAUGAUUGUUAGAUGUAGUAAAAAAAACAACUGGUCGCUGCCUCAAAUAUUUGGGUGCUAUAUCAAACCACAUUAGGCCACACAAUAAAUAAAACGUAUCAAUUAACCUGUUAUGAAAAAAUCUUUAUAUAUUGUGAGUAAAAUUCUACAUUUGAACAAUGUUUCUACAAACAAAUGGCUUGGAUCUAAGGGCAGUUGGUUUAUUUCUUGACCCGGGCCUAUUGAUACAUGUUAUUUUUGGCAUAAUUUGCCUUGAAAUUGUUCCAUUUUGUGCCUUUAUUUAGAUGUGUCUCUCAGUAUUUGCAUUGGUUUCCCUGUGAAGACCUACAUUUUAGAUCAUGCCUAAUUUGUCUAAAUAAUUUUUACUGCAUUUAUUGGUCAAUAAAUUUUUUUUUGUUUCAUA